AUUUUAUACAACCCUGGGGAGUGGGGAGCAGUAUUACAUCGUUACACCUCCACCAAGUCUACUACCAAAUUCAUCUCACGUUGCAACCCUGGAAAUUCAUACCCUGAUCAAAACCCUAGAAAUUCAUUCCGUAAUCAAAAUCAAGAUGUCCAACAACAUACCAUUCGAAAUCCAAGCCGAAAUCUUCAAAAGGCUUCCGGUCAUAUCCUUGAUCCAAAUUCGAUCGGUCUGCAAAGCAUGGAAGUUUCUCAUCGACAGCGACGAUUUUAUCAAGAAUUACAGCGGCCAGAUGCAAUAUCUACUUGCAAGGUAUAAAGAUAAUGUAGAUUUCCAAGAAAAAUAUGUUUUAAUUGAUGAUAAUCAUACUUUCCCACAAAACAGAGUCUCCCUGAAUACUCACCAUUUGGUUAACAUGCUUAAAUAUUCUAGGAUAAUCGGUUGUUCUCACGGAUUGUUGUGUUUGUACGGUGGUUAUCAAGAGGGCCAUGAUGGUCCCCUCUCUGGAACGUGCAGAGCUGUUCUUUGGAAUCCUUCCAUUAGAAAAGCUGUUGCUGUUGCUGUGCCGAAUGUGGCGGAUAUGACGAUUUACGAAACCGGCUUUGGUUUUGGGGUUUGUCGUGAGACUAAUGACCCUAAGAUAGUCAAGAUUACACAUAUUAAUAUGAGGGGCCACAGGGAAAGUGUAACUUGCAUUCCUUGGCAAGUUGAAGUUUUUCCGUUAAGCACAGGGGCUUGGAGAAGUCCAUAUACGAGCAAUCUCCCUCGUAAUUCAAUUGAAUUUGAUUACGAUAACACGGUGGUUAUAUAUGGAAUGCUUUAUUGGCUUGCUACUGAUAGGAUUACUGCUGAUGGUGGAUUUCAGUCUUAUAAUAAUCUGAUUAUUUCAUUUGAUAUGACAAGUGAAGAAUUCCGAGAAGUAAACCUUCCGGACAGUUUAGCACACCAGUCGAUUGAUGGUCUGUCAAUUUUAUAAGCUGAGAGAGUCUCUUGUUGUGCUUGAACGCGAUGUAGAGGCCAAUAACCUAGUUUUUCGUGUAUGGACGAUGACGGAUGUUGUUCCAAAAUUGUUUACAAAGUUAUUCACUAUUGAUAUACCAGAUAAUGUAUCAGAAGUUUAUGUAACGGGAUUUAGGAAGACAGGCGAACCUAUAAUUGAUAGUUUACCACGCCAUCCUGAGUGGACUGGAUCACUUGCUGUUUAUGAACCAUGCUCAAACUCUAUCAAUAGCCUUGGGAUUGAUGGAAGAGAUUUUUCACAUUAUGUGUAUUCCUACAUCGAAUCACUACUUCUGCUUUGAUCAGUCUGUUUUUUUUACAUUUAUGAAAAAGGUAACGGCCAACUGAAGAGCUAAGGACAAAAGGAUUUUGAAGCAUACAAGCAAGCCACUGAAGACCCCUGUAUCAUUUUUAUUUAUUUUUGUCAAGUGAGUUACUACUACAGUUGCAAAAUAUUUAAAACUGAGACUACCAUUACCUGUUCUGCGAUUUCCAAAGAUCCAAGGAGCAGAGUUAUUUAAAAGAGAUCUCAAGCAAACAUGGUGGAUACAGAACACUGGAUGGUCUUGAAGUUCUAAAUCAAACAAGUCUCCAAAGGACCAAAACAAAUAUAAUGCAUGGGUCAAUGGCAGACACUGAUUUCUUUAUUAGGACAUUAACACAAGAGGGCUUGUCAUGUUGGAUUCUCUGUAUUCUUUCAUUUCAUACAUUAAAAGGACUUAAAAUGUGCAAACAUGUCCUCAGGUGUGUACUUUUCUAUUAUCACAUGCUUGUAUUCUAUUUGUUUUGUUUAGUUGUGACUUUCUAAUUAGUGGUUGAUUGAUACGAUCCCGCUAAAAACAUAUUCACGAAGAGGAAAGAAGCGGGCCGUAGCAGAUAUGGCGGGGCAGUUCAAUUCGGUAUUUGGGCUGAUACUGGACCCUCUCGGGUCUGGGCCACAAAUGAGCUGGAAAAUGAAGGAGUGGGGAGCAGUUUACAAGUUGAAUUCCAGGAGCAGUUAUUGAGCAGUUACUAGUUUUAUUUUUCCAGUAUUUUAGCAGGCUUAUGUUAGACUUUGUUUUUUUUCUUGUUUUUGUUAAUUCUCAAGUACGUUGUACUUUGUAUCGGAGAUUUGCCCAUCUCGAAUCGGGCCGUUUCCCUUUCAAUUCAAUCAAAUUGCCUGCUCAAUUUCGAGUUUCUAUCAUUUUUGGUUCCAUUGCCGGGAAACGAAAUGGUUCAGACCCGAGGCAGUACUAAUGAUGGUCCCGGUAACCCACCCGACCAAAUUUCAACACAACUGGCUGCAAUUGUUGCCAAACUCAAGUCGAUGGAAUCCUGGAAGGAGGACAUCGAAACCCUGAAACUCCAGGAGGCCAAGCGGGAAAAAAAUCAUGGUGGUGGAAUGAGAUUUGAUGAUGGGGAACCUGGUUACUCGAAUUCUAACCGGCGACCCUACCAUAAAAUUGACUUCCCUACUUUUAGCGGUGGAGACCCAAGAGGUUGGGUGGUGAAGGCAGAAAAAUACUUCCGGUUCUAUGAUACUUCUGAUGAUGACAAAGUUGAUGUAGCAGCCAUGCAUCUCGAAGGAGACGCCUUAGAUCUCUACUCGUGGGUGUCGGCUGAGCAAGAAAUCACAUAUUGGGAGGAACUGGUUAGUACUUUGCAGAAACACUUUGGCCCUCCGGAGUUUCAAAACCCGGAUGAAUAUUUAUGUAGUAUCAAACAGACCGGUUCCGUGAAUGAAUAUCGACAGGAAUUUGCCCGUAGAUCAUCUCGUGUAUCCCAGUGGCCUGACCAUUGUUUACUUGGAGUCUUCCUCAACGAGUUAAAAGACGAGUUAAAAUCAGAUGUACGUAUUCACAAACCGCGAUCCGUUUACAAAGCCGUUAGCCUAGCCCUCGAAUAUGAAUCCAAACUUAACCACUCUAAAACCGACAGGAGAUCAACCUGGUCAUCUCAGGUGAAAUCUGAAUCCAAACCCACAAUUACCACUACUGUUCCAGCAACCACUAAAUCAAAACCGCCUAUUCGAAUUUCAGAAACAGAAAAACAAACCAGGUUUCUUAAGGGCGAGUGCUUCAGAUGUGGCGACAAGUACGGGCCGGGCCACCGCUGUAAAGCGGGCACGCUGAAGUUAUUAGAGGCCGAGGAGGAUCCCGAUGAUCAAGGCAAUGCAGAAACGAACUCAGAGGAGAAUCAAGGGGAUGCAGCUGAGAUCAGUCUUCAUGCCAUUUUUGGCAGACCGCAUCCGACCACUAUGAAGGUCCAUGGUAAGCUAAAUUCAACUGAAGUCUUAAUAUUGGUUGAUGGGGGAUCAACACACAAUUUUAUUUCUGAUGUGCUUGUAAAUGAGCUCAAAAUGGCUACACAGCCGGUGGCGCCUUUCGGUGUCCAAAUAGGGAAUGGGGAUGUGAUACGGUGCGGCCAAAUAUGCAAAAAUCUUUCUGUGCAGGUGAAUGACCUCCAGAUUGUUCAAGAUUUUUACCCUUUUUCUAUUGGAGGCGCCGAUUUAGUUCUGGGGAUUCAAUGGCUUGCUACCCUCAACACGGUACAAGCAAAUUGGAAGGAAUUAUUUAUGGUGUUCACAAUAGAUGGGAAGCGCUAUAAACUCCAAGGAAUUUCAUCAGGCCCACAGAAAUCAUCAUCUUUCCAACAUCUUGCCAUCGAACCCGAUACCGAAAUCCCAAUUCCUCCACCAUUACAGCCUUUAAUUAACCAGUACCAAACUGUUUUUGAUGAACCCAAACACUUGCCACCCAACCGAACCCAAGUCCACUCCAUACCCUUACUCCCAAAUUCCGUUCCACCUAAUAUUCGCCCCUACAGAUACCCCCACUCACAAAAAACUGAGAUAGAAAAACAAGUUGACCAACUAUUAGCUGUUGGGUUUAUCCAGCCUAGUAACAGCCCUUUUUCGAGCCCGGUUUUAUUGGUCAAAAAGAAAGACAGCUCGUGGCGGAUGUGUGUAGAUUACGGGCCCUAAACAAGCUUACCAUAGCUGACAAAUACCCUAUACCCAAUGUUGAUGAAUUGUUAGAUGAGUUAUACGGCGCCACGGUGUUUUCCAAGUUAGACCUUCGUUCGGGGUAUUAUCAGAUUCGGGUAGCUACACAAGACAUACCCAAAACAGCUUUUCGAACUCAUUCGGGCCAUUAUGAGUUCAAGGUUAUGCCGUUUGGGCUAACCAAUGCACCAUCCACCUUUCAAGCCAUCAUGAAUGACCUAUUUCGCCCUUACUUACGCCGUUUUAUACUUGUUUUUUUCGAUGACAUUUUGGUUUACAGCCAAAGUAUGGAGCAGCACAAAUUGCACUUGGAACAGGCUUUAAAGCUACUGUAUGACAAUCUGUUCUUUGCCAAAUCAACUAAAUGUUGCUUUGGUCAAACGAAGGUGGUGUUUUCGGGCCAUGUGGUAAAUUCGGAAGGGGUCAAAGUGGAAGAGGAGAAGAUUUCAGCUGUGCAAUCUUGGCCAAUCCCAUCGAAUGUCAAGGAAGUUCGGGGUUUUCUCGGGCUUACUGGGUAUUACAGGAGGUUUGUUCGAAAUUAUGGUCUAAUUGCACGACCCCUCACUGCUCUAACCAAGAAAGACGGGUUUAUUUGGUCUGAUGAAGCCCUCUUAGCUUUCAACCGUUUGAAGCAGGCUCUACUUUCCGCACCGGUAUUGAGAUUACCCGACUUCUCAAAACCGUUUGUAAUCGAGUGUGAUGCAUCUUCAGAUGGAGUAGGGGCUAUUCUCUCUCAAGAAAAUCAUCCCCCGGCCUAUUUUAGCAAAGGAUUUUCACCUUCCAACCGCUUUAAAUCCGCAUAUGACAGGGAGCUGCUUGCUUUAGUAUUAGCGGUCCAAAAAUGGAGUCAUUAUCUUCUAGGGCAGCACUUCUUGAUCCGCACAGACCAUUAUACACUGAAGUAUUUGCUGGAACAGCGGGUUACCACGCCAGAACAGCAGCGGCUUUUACUAAAGCUGAUGCCAUACAAUUUUUCUAUCAUACAUAAAUAAAGCUGGAAAAGAGAACAGAGGUGCAGACGCGUUGUCUCGCAGACCUCAGACUGGUGAGUUGUUGACAAUUGUCGUUCCGUAUUGUGUUGAAAUUGCUGAUCUAAAAGCCGGACUUCAAACUGAUCCAGCGACCAGUGCAAUUAUUCAGAAAUUACAGAAUGACCCCUCAUCUGUUGCUGAUUACUCAUUGUCAGAUCAAUUUCUGUUUUUUAAAAGGCGAAUUGUUGUUCCAGACGUGCCUUCUCUUAAAUUAAAGCUGUUACAGGAAGCCCACGACACUCCCACAGGUGGUCAUGGGGGAUUUCUUAAAACUUUUAAGCGUCUCUCUGACAAGUAUUAUUGGCCAAAAAUGAAACAGGAGAUACGGGUUUUUGUGCAGAAUUGUGUGGUGUGUCAGCAAAAUAAAUAUCAGACGUUGUCCCCUGCAGGUCUCUUACAACCGUUACCCAUCCCUCAGCAAAUUUGGGAAGAUAUAUCUAUGGAUUUCAUUGUGGGCUUACCCCGUUCUGGUUCUGCGGAUACUAUUCUGGUUGUGGUCGAUCGUUUGAGCAAGUAUGCCCAUUUUCUAUGCCUAUCACACCCUUUUACUGCUAAGGGAGUGGCCGCUAUUUUCUGUAAAGAAGUGGUUCGUUUACAUGGUUUUCCCCGCUCUAUUGUGUCAGAUAGAGAUGUGGUGUUUCUUAGUCACUUUUGGCAGGAAUUGUUUCGGUUGAGUAACACUAAAUUGCAGCUAAGUACAAGUUACUAUCCUCAAACGGAUGGACAAACCGAAGUGCUUAACCGAUGUCUUGAAGCCUACCUCCGUUGUUUCGCAAAUGAACAACCUAAAAAGUGGAGUUCCUUCUUAUCAUGGGCAGAAUACUCUUACAAUACAGGUUUCCACACUUCUACGGGUACAACACCCUUCUCGGUUGUUUAUGGUCGUGAUCCUCCCUCGUUGCUUCCCUAUGUUGUCGGGGAGACUAAAAAUGCAGACUUAGAAGAGCAACUGGUUGAUCGGGAUGCAAUGUUAAGGCUUUUGCGCAGCAAUCUUCAGAAGGCUCAAGAUCGGAUGCGGAACCAAGCAAAUUUGAAGAGACGGGAACUGACUUUUCAGCCGGGAGACUAUGUGUUUCUAAAGAUUCAGCCAUAUCGUCAAAGGAGCCUGGCCAAGCACAAAUAUGAAAAAUUAUCGCCCCGGUUCUUUGGACCCUACCGUAUCAAACGAGCGAUCGGGCCAGUCGCUUAUGAAUUGGAGCUCCCACCUGAAGCUAGAGUUCACCCGGUAUUCCAUGUGUCCAUGCCCAAACCUGCCCGAGGCUCUUUUUCGACUGAUCACGCUACCCCAUUACCUAUCACUAAGGAUUGGGUAUUGGACGUACAACCAGGUUCUAUUCUUGCCCAUCGCUGGAUUUUCGAAGCUGGUACACCAGUCUUGGAAUUACUGGUUUCUUGGCUGAGUCGCCCUGUCGAGGAAGCCACCUGGGAGUCUUAUGAUUUGCUAGCUGAGCAAUUUCCUUCUUUCCGCCUUGAGGACAAGGCGUUUUACCGGGAGGGUAGUAAUGAUACGAUCCCGCUAAAAACAUAUUCACGAAGAGGAAAGAAGCGGGCCGUAGCAGAUAUGGCGGGGCAGUUCAAUUCGGUAUUUGGGUUGAUACUGGACCUUCUCGGGUCUGGGCCACAAAUGAGCUGGAAAAUGAAGGAGUGGGGAGCAGUUUACAAGUUGAAUUCCAGGAGCAGUUAUUGAGCAGUUACUAGUUUUAUUUUUCCAGUAUUUUAGCAGGCUUAUGUUAGACUUUGUUUUUUUUCUUGUUUUUGUUAAUUCUCAAGUACGUUGUACUUUGUAUCGGAGAUUUGCCCAUCUCGAAUCGGGCCGUUUCCCUUUCAAUUCAAUCAAAUUGCCUGCUCAAUUUCGAGUUUCUAUCAUUGAUCCUUUUAUCUCGUAUGAUAAUGUAGACAUCAAAAUCAUUGUUUAAUAUAAUCAUGCACUGCGAUAAAUAUGUAAAUGCGGACAUUAAUUUAGUUUUUAUCCCCACCAUUAAGAAUUACUCACUGAAUUAUUAUGUUGAAUUCUCAGUCCCCGUGUCAUUAGUGUUCUGUAUAGGUAGUUUGCGUCAAAAAUGCAUUUUCUUAAACAAAUAGAUUCAUGAUUUUUAUGCUACUAAUUUGCAUAGCUCCUGGAUUAGCAGCCUUAAUCUCUCUAAAACCUAACUGACCAUUGUUGACUACCUGAUCAACGUCAAUGUUGACCGUUUGACGUGGGUCAACAUUGACUUCGUUGACACAGUUGCUUCCCUUUACUUCUGCAUGUAGACAGUCUGUCAAUACCCUCCAUUAUUCUGUUCCCUUUUUGAGCCGACGAAUUUCAUCCAAAUACAACCGAUACGGUCUGUAUGGAUCUCCGACUUGGCCAAACGUAGAAGAAAAAUUCAGAGGUAUCCUAAUUUAUUUUUUGGACUAAGGGGCAUCCUAAUAUUUGUUAACGGGUACACGAUACAUAAAAUGGAGAAGAAAAAGAAGUUUUGCACUUCGCUGACAAAGUUGAGGGGUAGCUCCGCCCCUAGGUGUAGGUGUCGAUCUCUGGAGUACGGGUUUCAUUUUGACUGGAUUAUUGGCCAAGGGGCAGAUCCUGGCUGGCCUGGUUUAAAAUAAGAUGACCCAAAGCAGUUGGCUGUUUUAUAAUUCCUGUAACCAUUUACUGUUUGCAUUCCAAUGGCUCAUUAACAACCAUAAUCCACAUGCUGAUCUCAUGGCAGAGUAUAAUCCCAACUUCUGACAGCAAAUAAUACAAAUCUGCAGAUUAAAAACCAUCAAACUCUCAUUUGUAUCCUGUUGACUACAGCAAGCAAUUGACUUUUUUUUCAUCUUCUAACUUUUGACUAUCAUUCUCCUUUGACUUCCUUCGAGUAUUGCUUGCAUUUAUCUGCUUCCAGCUGUUGACUCUUUGAAAUUGGACUUCUGUAUAAUGUGUCCGACUGUUGACUCCCAAUAUUAGUUGACUUUAUCCAGCUUCUGACUUUUGAAAUCUUUCGACUUCAGCCAUUUGUUGACUAUAUGUUGCAGUUGACUUUUGACUAUUACAUUAUUGAAAUUCGUGUCUAUCAAUCUUCUUAUAUCCAUUCCAUAACAAAUAUCACUUAUUCUAACCCAUGUCUAUGCAUUCACAGUUUGACCAUCAUUAACUUCUAAAUGCAUCUGACUUUUGAUUGUAAAUGACUAUAUGCUACUGUUGACUUUUUCCUUUCUUUGACCACGUUCCGAUUACUAACAACCCCAUUCCCAUACCAAUUACAACUGCCCUUUAUUAUCCAUAUACCAUACUGGUUACGUUUUAAAUUACAAACCAUGCUGCCCUUUAUUUCCUUUCUGCGUGUGCUUCUCUUUCAUUAGAUAGCCAUUAUCAGCUCAAUCCAAGUAUCGGCCGACAUCUAUUUUAUAACAUAACGAGCUGACUUAUUAAGCAAUACCAGCCAGUAGUAGUUACACUAGAUCAUUCUCCGAAACAACACGUGUCCAAAAUCUAUUAUAAAUCAGCAUAAUCAUGUAUUCAGUGGAACAAUCAUAAUCUGCUACUCAACACCAAAUGCCAAUUUUACAAAUAACCUGGCAAUAACCCCCACCCCGUACACCUUCCAACCAACCCCCAAAUCCAUUUUCCUAUAAAUACUGACUUGAUAUAAAGCUUUAAAGGCGUAGUUCACUCCUUUUCUUUUCUGCACAAUCCUGUAUAAAAUGAUGACAAAUGUCAAUAUAUUUUGAACUCUUUCCUUUCUAACUUCCCUAAUUCUCUUUCACUUGUUACACCUACCCCUUACUCUCCGCCACCACGUUCUUCUUCUUCGACAUCUAAUCUCAUCAAUGAUUCCUGUUUCAGAUUUUUAUAAUCUUGAUUUACCAAAUCUUUUCUUCAUCGAUUAAAGUCUUUCUUCAUUGUUAAAGCUCCAAUAAACCAAACAAAUGUUAUGUACCCAAAUCCUAUGCCGAUUUUCACUUCAUUGCCGCCGUUCUCGCCGCUUAACAUCGUUCUUCCACCGCCUAUCGCAUCACCAACAACGUUUCCGGCAUCCGCUAAUGGUUAAGACAAGAUGCUAUGUCGUUUCUAGGUUAUUUGAUGUCAAUGACAAUCAACUCCUGUCAUCGCAUCCUGCUUUUCGGUCUAUAAUAUUGUUUGUGAUUGAUGGCUACAAACGAGAAUCUUCCUCCAAAUGUAAUCAAGCAACUUGCUAGGGAAUUGAAAUUUUUUUAUGAAACACCACCAGAAGGAAUUGAAGUAGGAGUGAACUAUGAUAUGAAUUUUCAACAAUAUUUGCUAUAUAGAAGGCCCAUCUGGCACUUCGUAUGAAAAUGGUGUAUUUCACAUGAAACUGAUCCUGUCCCAUGAGUUUCCCCAGUCACUUCCUAAAGGUUAAGGUUUGUGAAAAAAUGUUAGAUAUGAAAUCCAUAUUCUUACUCUUUCUGUUGUUA